GGGUCUGCUGCUGCUGCUGCUGCUGCUGUCAACGGGAACGCAGCAGCAGCAGCAGCCAAAGAGCCGGCCCAGGAGGCCCCCGGGGGGCCUCCAGGGGGCCCCCAGGGGGGCCCCCAAGGGGGGGGCCCCGCAGGGGCCCCCGCGUUUGUGGAUCAAAUAAGCCGGUUCAACAUCGGAGAAGACUGUCCCGUGUUUGAAGGGCUUUGGGAAUAUUGCAAAACCUACAGUGGAGGCAGCAUUGAAGGCGCGAGAAGAGUUGUGAGGGGAGAGUUCCAGUGCGCCAUCAACUGGGCGGGGGGCCUGCACCACGGGAAGAAGCACGAGGCGAGCGGGUUCUGUUACGUAAAUGACUGCGUGUUGGCGGCUCUGGAGUUUCUGCGGUUUAAACACCGAGUCCUUUACGUCGACGUGGACAUACACCACGGAGACGGCGUCGAGGAGGCCUUCUACACUUCCCCCCGCGUGCUGUGCUGCUCGUUCCACAAGUACGGGCACUUCUUUCCGGGCACUGGGGCGUUGGAAGACAUCGGCUUGGAAGAGGGUUUGGGCUACAGCGUCAACGUGCCCCUCCACGAGGGCAUCGACGACCAAAUGUACUCUUCCCUCUUCCAAAGGGUCAGAACAGCAGCAGCAGCAGCAGCAGCAGCAGCAGAAACAGCAGCAGCAGCAGCAGCGGCGGAAACAGCAGCAGCAGCAGACACAGCAGCAGGAGCAGCAGCAGAAACCACAGCAGGAGCAGCAGCAGAAACCGCAGCAGGAGCAGCACUAGCAGUAGCAACAGUAGCAGCAGGAGCAGCAGCAGAAACGGUAGCAGCAGCAGCAGCAGCAGUUGUUCGGUGUGCGCAGGUGAUGGACCAAAUAAUGGAAGUGUACCGGCCCGAGGCUGUAGUGUUUCAGUGCGGGGCGGAUUCUGUUGCUGGCGACCGCCUGGGCUGCUUCAACUUGUCGCUCGAGGGCCACAGCGAAGCCGUGCGUUACUUCUGCCGGCGGGAAGUGCCCGCGAUCUUCCUGGGCGGCGGCGGCUACACUUUGGGGAACGUCCCCAGGUGCUGGGCCAAGGAGACUGCAUGCAUCCUCGGCCUCCAACUCAGCCCCAAAAUCCCGGAGAGCUGCGUCUACCGAGGGUACUACGGCCCGAACUACGAGCUGAAGAUCCGGACGACAAACAUGGAGAACCGCAACGACGAGAAGUACAUCGACUCCAUUGUGCAGAAGAUCAGCACGACUUUGCGACAACAUGUUUACCCCAUUGGGGGGCAGAUUUCCGCCAAUUUCACUGAUGAAGAACGACCUACGGGAGUCGUCUUGGAGAGCAGCCUAGAAAACGAGGACAAGCACGGGGACAAAGAAGUGAACACGGAGCAUUUCUGCAAAGUUGCGAACCCUGGCUGUGCAUGA